GCCCAGUCUCCAAUUGCCAUUUUCUCCCCAACAUCAGCCACUAUCGGACGAGCAUGCUGCUUGCUAUGCGAUUCGCCAACGACCAGCCAAAGACCAGAGUUCUGACCAGGUUCUUCUCCUCCCCGUUUGCUCCAGGUCUUUAUGUGGUGACGCAGUUCCAGUGCGAAGCAAUAUGGUUCUCAGGUUCCGAAUGUCUGUGUCAGUUUUCUCGACCAGUUUCACAUCUCGUGCUCCCAGGUCUCUCCCACCAGUGCCACCACUCCUAGACCGAGACCCCUGGAUGGCAAUGCUUCAGCCUCCAACUCCCGCUCCACCUCCAACCUUUGAGCCUUUGAACGUCUGAUCUGCGUCGAGAAGGGACGAGCGCCACCUUCUCUCCCCAAGUCUUGGGCUUCGUCAGGGCAUACGGCAUACGGCAUACGGCAAAUAAUGAGCAGAUUGAAUUUCGAUGUGCGAGGCACAGGCACAGGACAGGCACAGGACAGGCACACGCAUCGGCACACGUCCACGCACUACCGGGAGCGCAGGCAGAGGACGUACGGAGCACACACACCAGAUUGGCUGGCACGCAUCAGCUAUCAGAUCAGCGGGUUGUUGGGUCAUCGAGUACGGAGGUCCCAAGUACCAUCGAGACUCGAGAGGCAAGGCUUGGGCCUAAUCUUGACGUACAAACGGCCUCGCAUAAAGUACGCACUCAACUCUCUCACGCUCUUUCGGUACGCUACCGAAUAAUACGAGUAUUAGUGACUGGAUUAUUGGUGCAGAAGGCUCAGUUCAGGCGGCCAGGCCCGCGGCCGCGUCACGUAACGAGAAGCCUCAAGCCGUCCACCAUCCUAAGGCCUCCCCUGCACCAAAGGCAAAGCCAAGCGUCCAAAAUCCGCUCCUCAAUUCGUGCCAUGACAUGCCAUGGCCGACACAACACCGCGGCAGGCUGGGCAAGAGGGUAUUCAUCUCCUCUUUUCCCUCUUUUCACUUUGUCUUGGCUUGAGUUGACAGAGCGUUUCAUUUGUCUAUUCCAAUAUCUAUUCGUUUCUACCCACUCCCACCUCGACUGUGUCCUGGUGUUACUUUCAGCCUUUCGCGAAAUCCAGCGUUGGAAACAACAACUUCUGAGCCUUGUGGCAGCCAACACAACCACCACUCGCAUCUUUCAUUGUUGUUUCCCUUGGGAGGAAAUGGAUACGGAGAGCUCUCUAUUUAUUUGAUGCCAGCGCCCAGGAGACACCCCGUGAAAAACUAAUUCGCCUUCUAAAUCUUCCAGUCAAGUAUAGAUUAUUUUUCUGCCAGACUUCUACAACCUUUCCAUCCCACGAUCGCAACGUCGCCAACAUACAUUGGAGGACUUUUGUUUGUUAUAAAUAACUGUGGUUUUUGGGAUCGGCAUAGCCACGAUUACGAACUGCACUAGUUCAGUGCCGCGUCAUCAGCCAGGAGGAUAUAGAUAUUUUUGGGCAUUGGGACCUGAGGGAAGAAGCGGGCAGACUACUUCAGGUCGAUGGGAAAGGCAUACAAUAGAAUGAAAGGGCUAUCAACAUUUGUUCUUGUUGCGGGGUUGUGGUCGACAUACACGGAAGGUCUUACAUUUGAGAAGAGGACCGAUGGGCCAGCACGAGUAGUUGGGUUUCCAGUGGCACGAACAUCAAUAGAGGACCCGGUAAAAAGAGAUAGGCUGCGGAGAAGAGGAACAGUAACUGCAAUACUAGACAACCAGGUAAGAUAUUACAGUGUCGUUGUCGCUAGCCUUACUAAAAAUGUCGUAGCAAACACUCUACUUCGCAAAUGCCACGCUAGGUACGCCGCCUCAAAUACAACGGUUACAUAUCGAUACCGGGAGCAGUGAUUUAUGGGUAAAUGCAAAGACUUCAGCACUAUGUAAAGGGAAGGAAGGGGCGUGUGAUUUUGCGGGGUCCUAUUCAGCAAAUGCUUCGUCAACAUAUUCGUACAUUGGGAGUCAUUUCAACAUAUCAUACGUUGACGGGUCGGGAGCAUCGGGGGACUAUGUUUCGGACACUUUCUCAAUCGGCUCAACAACUUUGAAGCGAUUGCAAUUUGGAAUUGGGUACACGAGCUCAUCGCCUGAAGGAAUUCUGGGUAUCGGAUACGAGGUAAACGAAGUACAGGUUGGCAGAGCGGGCAAGGGAACCUACAACAACCUACCAGCCCAGUUGAAGGCAGAUGGAUUCAUUACGUCCAACGCAUACAGCUUAUGGCUCAACGAUCUUAGUGCAAGUACCGGCAGUAUUCUUUUUGGUGGUAUCGAUACGGAACAAUUUGAAGGCACCCUCCAAACGCUUCCCGUCCAGAGGGAGUCCAACACUUUCGCUGAAUUCCUGAUUACUCUCACAGACAUCAACAUAGGCAGCCACGUUGUCGCUAAGAAACAAGCUCAGGCUGUACUUCUUGACUCUGGAAGCUCUCUCACUUAUCUUCCUGAUGUCAUGACCGAAGCAAUCUACGCACAAGUUGGAGCUCAAUACGACUCUUCCCAAGGAGCAGCCUACGUCCCUUGUUCUCUUGCUGAGAACACUUCUACCAUCGAUUUCACGUUUUCCGGUCCGACCAUCAGAGUACCAAUGAACGAGCUCGUCAUUUUCAUCGCCUCGACCAGUGGACGGCCAUUAACAUUCUCCGACGGUAGCCGAGCAUGCAUCUUUGGUAUCGCACCAGCUGGAGCUGCUAGUGCGGUCAUGGGCGAUACAUUCAUCCGUUCAGCAUACCUCGUUUACGACCUCGACAACAACCAAAUUUCCAUUGCGCAGACGAAGUUCAAUGCUACCACCCACAACAUCGUCGAGAUCACCUCUGGCAAAAACUCCGUUCCCAAAGCCCAGACUGUCCCCAAUCCUGUCGCGGCUUCUUCGACGCCCAAUCAUGCGCACGUUAGUGGCUCAACAGACAGCAACAAACCGAAGAACGCGGCUAAAGUCAAUGCACCGUCCGCCAAGCUUGGCUUUGUGUCCACUUUGCUUACGCUCAGUGUGUUCUUUGCUGCCUUGUAGAGUUGAAUUUCAUUUAUAUAAUUUCGGCCUUCGGAUUUUUCUCUCUGUUUAUUUUGGCAUAGCGUGAGCAUAUUUCUUGCAUAUAUAUGGCGUUUGACGAAUAGGACUUGGAUGGGGUAGGCAUAUGGCAUUAUAUAUAUCAGCAUGAUGGAUUUAUGAAGUUAAACAAAAAGGUACUGGAUAUCUGAUUUGAUUACCGAGGAAGGCUAGGUGGAUUUUCAUUUUUCUUCAAAAUUCUUGCAUUCUUUUUUGCAUUUGCAUAGCGCUGGGGAGUGUAUAUAUUGAGGAAAACGGAUCCGAUAGCUAGGGCAUUUGAAAUGGCGUAUAUAUACAGAUCAGCAUAUAAUUUACCUAUUAUCUAUUGCUAGAUUCGG